AUGACUUCAAAGGAAGCAAGUCAAGCCAACAAAAAUUCUCCUGUGGAAGAUUUGUCCACGAUAUUAAAGGCAAAUCAUUGUCUAAAUCAUUUCUGCACGUUACAUUACUGGUUACGCCAGUGUCUCAAAGACCAGCAACUGUCAUUGCUCCAUUUGAAGAAAAACCUCACGUUUCGUGAUUCAAUCGGAUAUUCUCCGGUUUCUUCCAAGUUUGUAUCGUGGGAUUCAAGUACAGACUGUUGUUCUUGGCUCGGUGUUACUUGCAGUAGCAACGGGCGUGUUGUUGGUCUUGACAUUAGCGGCCAAUACAUCGAGGGUGGCAUUGACAGCUCCAGCAGUCUCUUCGAUCUUCAGCAUCUUCAAAGCCUCAACUUGGCCGCUAACUUUUUUGUCGAAGGCUCUCGCAUACCAUCUGCAAUUGGAAAGCUGACAAACUUGAGGUAUCUAAAUUUAUCAAAUGAUUAUGUGAAAAUUCCCGUUGAGAUGUCACACUUGACAAGGUUGGAGGUCCUUGAUAUUUCUCAAAGUUAUAUCUUGAGCAGCGAGCUUGAAAUCCCGAAGUUCAGCAUACUCUUUCAGAACCUCACGGAGCUUACAGAGCUUUAUCUUGACGGUAUAGACGUAUCAGCAGAGGGGACUCACUGGUGCCAAGCGAUAUCAUCUUCACUGCCAAACCUAAGGGUGUUGAGCUUGUAUAGAACUAAUCUUUCAGGUCCUAUUGAUCAAUCCCUCGCUAAACUUCAGUCUCUAUCCGUGAUUCAAUUGGGUGGUAGUCCCAAUAAUAUCUCUGGUCCAAUUCCAGAAUUCUUUUCCAACUUCUCAAACCUGACGGUGUUGAACUUGGACGGAAACAAUAUCUCUGCUCCGGUUCCAGGAUUCUUUGCCAAUUUUUCAAAGUUGACUACCUUGAGGCUACGUGAUUGUGGGUUAAAUGGAACAUUUCCGAAGCAGAUCUUUCAGGUACCUACUCUACAAACUCUUGACCUCUCCUUUAAUCUGGAACUUCAUGGUUCCUUGCCAGAAUUUCCCAAGAAUGGAUCUCUUCGAUCCUUGAUUUUAAGCCAGACAAGCUUUUCAGGGUUAUUGCACGACUCUAUUGGCAACCUCAACAUGUUGUCCACACUAGACCUUUCCGGAUGCAAUUUCACUGGAUCAAUCCCAAAGUCAAUCGGAAACCUAACGAAAUUGGCUUAUUUGUCCUUGUCAUCAAACAUGUUUAAUGGUCCAAUUAGUUCUAUUCACUGGGAAAACCUUAUUAAUCUGGUACAUCUCUCUUUGUACGACAAUCAACUGGUGGGGAGCAUUCCGUCGUCUCUGUUUUCUCUUCCCUUGUUGCCGGGCUUGGUACUUUCCCAUAAUAAUCUCUCUGGGCAACUCCCUGAAUUUUUUAACGUCUCUUCUAGUUUAAUUUCUAACAUUGAUUUGAGUUUCAACUAUUUGGAAGGGCCAGUUCCCGUGUCUAUCUUUAAUUUUCGAGGGCUUUGGGAGCUCUUUCUUUCUUCAAACAAUUUCAGUGCCUUUCCUUUUAACGGUCCUCAGCAGCUGCCAAAGCUGAGGAUAAUUGAUCUUUCGCACAAUAGCUUGCUGGUUUUAUACAAUGGCGGCAAUUCCUCAUACUCUUCAUUUCCUCAACUUACUAAUUUCAGUUUAGUUUCCAACAAGUUGAGAACAUUCCCAGUUUUCUUGAGAAAUCAAACCUAUUUAAGAAACUUGGACCUUUCAGAAAACCAAAUUCAAGGCCACCUACCCAAUUGGAUAUGGAAGCUCGACCAUCUUGAUUACCUAAAUGUUUCUUAUAAUGCCUUGGAAAGUCUCGAAGGUCCUUUCAUCAACUCCACAUCUCAGGUGUCUAAGCUUGACCUUCAUUCAAACCAGCUUAAGGGGCCAAUUUCAGUUGUCCCACCAUAUGUCGAAUAUCUAGAUUACUCGAACAAUCAUUUCAGUUCUAGUAUUCCAGUAUCAAUAUGCAAUGCAAGUCAUCUUUGCGCUCUUGAUUUGUCCAGUAAUUCUCUGAGUGGUGAGAUUCCUCAGUGCUUGGCUGCAAUGAGCACACUCAUGACACUUAACGUCAGGAAAAACAACAUUACUGGAAUGAUUUCUAAUCUUGAAUUUCCUGAAAACUGUGAGUCAUUUGAAGCUCUAGACCUCAGCCAAAAUCAGAUUGAAGGUCAAUUUCCAAGGUCUCUAGCCAGGUGCAAAAGGUUAAUGUUUUUAAACCUUGAAGAAAAUCAGAUAACAGACACCUUCCCAUGCUUGUUGAAGACCAUCUCCACCUUGAUCGUUCUUGCUUUGCGGUCCAACAAUUUCUAUGGAGGCAUUGGAUGUCCACUAGUGAAGACCAAUGUCACCUGGCCGGUUCUUCAAAUCCUAGACUUAGCUUACAACAAUUUCAAUGGUGAAGUACCAGGAUUCUCUUUGACAACAUGGCAAGCAAUGAAGGAUAACACAGAUAUUGGCUUCUUGUCGACAGUCAAUGUUUCUAACCGUCCCUCUUGUAACGGACUGGGUUCUGCACGUAUUAGAGGAGGAACCCCUUGUAAAAGAGCGGUUGUAUUUUCGUAUGAGCCUACUAUAACGAUUACAAGCAAAGGUUUAAAGAUGGAUCUGGCAAAGAUUCUAUCCGUCUUGACCUUGAUUGACUUCUCAUGCAACAAUUUCAGUGGGUCAAUUCCCAAGGAAAUGGGAGCUUUGAAAUCUUUAUAUUUUCUCAACUUGUCGAGUAACGCUUUCACAGGUGAAAUCCCAUCAUCAUUUGGUAACAUGCGACAACUCGAGUCCUUGGACUUGUCACAGAACAAGUUGAGCGGGCAAAUCCCACAACAGCUGGCAAAGCUUAAUUUCCUUGCAUUCCUGAAUCUCUCGAAUAAUCAACUUGUCGGCAAGAUCCCAGCUGGUACUCAAAUUUUAACAUUUCCAAGAGACUCAUUUACAGGGAAUAAAGGAUUAUGGGGGCCUCCGCUGAUGGUGGAUAGUAAAGCAAGAUUGUCACCGCCACCAACAUUAAAUGGAAGCCAUCCAAAUUCUACCGAUGAGAUUGAUUGGGAUCUUAUUAGCGUCGAAAUUGGAUUUGUAUUUGGCUUUGCAGUUUGGGUCACUUGUGUUCUUCAAGAGAUGGAGUAA